AUGGAAGGACUAGGAAAUACAAGACGCACUCCAGAUAGUUUCGAACAGACUCAACAUUCCAGUAACGGAAGACGCAAUUACCCUGCCAUCCUCCAUGUUGCUGUUAUAUCUACGUUUCUCAUCCCCAUUGCACUCUUCCCAUACAUGGCAGCACGACGGCAGAUAUUUAUCCUCCAAAGAAAGAUAGAGAUGUUGGAGAAAGAUACACAACUCUUUAAAGACACCAUGAAAGUUGCAAUAGCCGAUCAAUCGUUGGCUAACGCGGAAAUCAGCCGGGUUCGAGAGUCGGGACAGCUCUCCAUGGAACGUAUAAACCAACUUCAGCAUCAGGUGUCGAAGCAAGAGUCUGAACGCACAGUUACCGAAAAAGAGUUACGAGUGGGCCUCCGACAGCUUCUGGACGAAACGCAACAUUCUCGGUACAUGUAUUCGGGGCUAUUUUUUGUAGUUCAAAGGAAUCUGACAGCUUGUUUGUGGGUCAUUUACAGAACACAAACAGCAACACUGCGUGCCCUUGGGAUGAGUUUGGCUGAUAUUGCCGCGUUUAUGCAAGAAGUUGAGCUAAACUUUGGAUUACGCCAGCGGCAUGAUCAUAGGGGGAUAGACAGAAUGAGGUUGUUAGCUCUUCGAAUGCAAAGUCUUUCGCAGCCAGAGGAUCACACCAUACAGGGUUCGAAACCACGUCCUGCCGCUGCCGGCGGAACCGCCCAGAAAGAGAAUUAA